CCCCAACUGACUUGAACGGCCUUUUGCAAACAUGAUUCAGCUCAAGUCCAUGCUCAACUGCAUUGACAACUCGGGCGCCGCCCUUGUCGAGUGUGUCAAGGUGCUCAAGAUGAAGAGAGCGGCAAAGAUCGGCGACCGCAUCAUCGUUGUCGUCCAGAAACAGCGCAACUUUGGUCCUGAAUCUGGUCCUGGAGGCAGUGUUUCCAUCAGUGCCGCCAACAAAGUUCGCCGCGGCGACAUCAGACACGCCGUCGUUGUUCGUACCGCAAAGAAAUACCAGAGACCCGAUGGCAGUGUUGUCAAGUUUGACGACAAUGCUUGCGUGCUCAUCAACAAGGGAGGCGAGCCCAUCGGCUCAAGAUUGAACGGUAUCGUGGGAAGCGAGCUCCGUAACAUGCAAUGGUCCAAGAUCCUGAGUUUGGCUCCUAUGCACUUGUAA